CGGCCCGCCCGGCCUGAGCGAGAUGCGGGAACGCGAGUUCGGCCGCCUGGCAGGCACUGUCUACCUUGACCAUGCAGGAGCCACCUUGUUCCCCGAGAGCCAGCUUGCCAACUUCACUAGAGAUCUCAUGGAGAAUGUAUAUGGUAAUCCUCACAGCCAGAACAUCAGCAGCAAGCUCACCCAUGACACUGUGGAGCAGGUGCGCUACAGGAUCCUGGCACACUUUCACACCUCUCCAGAUGACUACAGUGUGAUCUUCACAGCUGGGAGCACCGCUGCUCUCAAACUGGUGGCUGAGGCCUUUCCAUGGGUGUCCUGGGGCCUGGAGAGCAGCGGGAGUCAGUUCUGGUACCUCACUGACAGCCACACCUCCGUGGUGGGCAUGAGGAAGGUGACCACGGCCAGGAACGUCAUGUCCACCCCUGUCAGGCCAGAGGACAUCUGUUUGGUGGAGAAACAAGGUGCUUUGGCCAAUGACUCUGACUGCCAGCUUCCACAUCUCUUCUGUUACCCGGCUCAGAGUAAUUUUUCUGGAACAAGAUACCCCCUGUCCUGGAUAAAAGAGGUCAAGUCCAGGAGGAUGAACCCGUUGUGCACUCCAGGGAAGUGGUUUGUGCUGCUGGACGCAGCAUCCUAUGUGAGCACCUCGCCUUUGGACCUGUCCACUCACCAGGCUGACUUUGUCCCCAUCUCAUUCUAUAAGAUCUUCGGGUUCCCCACUGGCCUGGGUGCUCUGCUGGUUAGUCAUAGUGUGGCUCCUCUUCUGCAGAAAACCUACUUUGGAGGAGGCACGGCCGCUGCCUACCUUGCAGGAGAAGACUUCUAUAUCCCGAGACAGUCAGUGGCUGAAAGAUUUGAAGAUGGCACCAUCUCGUUCCUGGAUGUUAUAGCGCUAAAACACGGAUUUGAUGCCCUGGAGCGCCUUACAGGUGGAAUGGAGAAUAUAAAGCAGCACACCUUCACCUUGGCUCAGUACACCUACACUGCCCUGUCCUCUCUCCGCUACCCCAAUGGAGCUCCUGUCGUGCAGAUUUACAAUGAUUCAGGGUUCAGUGACCCUGAGGCUCAGGGUCCAAUCAUCAAUUUUAAUGUGCUAGAUGACAACGGCAACAUCAUUGGCUACUCCCAGGUGGAUAAGAUGGCCAGUCUUUACAACAUCCACGUGCGGACUGGCUGCUUCUGUAACACUGGGGCCUGCCAGAGACACCUGCGGAUAAGCAAUGAGAUGGUCAAGAAGCAUCACCAGGCUGGUCAUGUCUGUGGUGACAAUGUGGACCUCAUAGAUGGGCAGCCUACAGGAUCUGUGAGGAUUUCGUUUGGGUACAUGUCCACACUUGAGGACGCCCAGGCCUUUCUCAGGUUCAUCAUAGCCACCCGCCUGCACUCAUCCAGUGGUCAGCCUGUCCCUCAGGCUGGAGCUGGGGACACCGGAGCCCUAUCAGCAGAGGGUCAGGCUCAGGAAGCGCAUGCUGCCAUGGACUCCGGGGGUUGGAAUGACUCACUCACUGGUGCCUAGCGUUGGUGCCCAUGUUUGCAUGAGGCCACUGGAACCCAGCAGAAUUCUUCAGAGAAAACUCCAGAAGUCCUGGAUGGGGAACCUGGGCCACACGUCAUCACCAACCUUUACCUCUACCCAAUCAAGUCCUGCGCUGCAUUUGAGGUGACCAGGUGGCCUAUCGGCAACCACGGGCUACUGUAUGACCGGAGCUGGAUGGUUGUGAAUCACAACGGGAUUUGCCUGAGUCAGAAGCAGGAGCCACGUCUCUGCCUGAUCCAGCCCUUUGUCGACCUGCAGCGAGGGAUCAUGGUCAUCAGAGCCGAAGGGAUGGAGCCUAUAGAGGUGCCUCUUGAGGAAAACAGUGAACAGGGCCAGGUUUGCCAAAGCAAGGUCUGUGCUGACAGGGUGAAUACUUACGAUUGUGGAGAAAAAAUUUCAAGCUGGUUAUCAAAAUUUUUUGGCCGUCCAUGUCAUUUAAUCAAGCAAAGUUCAAACUUCCAACGAAAUGCAAAGAAGAAACAUGGAAAAGAUCAGUCUCCUGGUACAACGGCCGCCCUUUCUCUGGUGAAUGAGGCACAGUACCUGUUGAUAAACAGAUCAAGUGUUCUGGAGCUUCAGCAGCAACUGAGCACCAGGGAUGAGAAUGGAAAGAAGGAAUUAUUCCCCAUGAAAGAUCUCAUCUCACGUUUCCGGGCCAAUAUCAUUAUCAAUGGAACAAAGGCUUUUGAAGAAGAGAAAUGGGACAAGAUUUCAGUUGGUUUCUUGAGUUUUCAGGUGAACUUUGGCGUGUACCUGAUGCAUGAGUCUUUGGAUCCAUCAUCUCCGUGUUUCCUGUCUGUAGGAUCUCAGGUGCUCCCCGUGUUGAAAGCGAACGUGGAAUGCCACGAUGUACCCACUUGUGAGAAAGACCAGGACGUUAUCUCCUAGGCCUUUUUGGCAAUGUACAUUAAAGUUUCUCUUUUACAAUGA